AUGAAACCGCAGUACUGCAGCAUCUUCAAAAGCAACUGUCAGGGGGCAACAUCACCAGCAGUGUUUACAGAGUUCAUCUGCACCAAACUGAAAGGAUCCAUUUGUCAGGGAGUGUGUGACAAAACAGCCAUUGAUAUAGCUGGAGAAAUGAGGGCCAGUUUCCCAGCCUUUAGUGGGAACAGAUCAGGUAUGGAGAUGCACAUCCUGAGAUCACUGGCACAGGAAGAGAACUUUGACAAGUUCAUGGAGUACAUACACACCCCAGAGAAACACUUCAGAAACUUCAUAAAACAUAAUGUGGAGAAUUAUCUCUGCACUGCAAACACUAAUAUCCUGUCGAUAAUCAAAAAGAACAUUACACAGAAGCAUCAGUGUUUGGUUCAUGCAACAAAUACAGCAACAGCAGACACCAAACAGAGUAAAGGUGAUGUAAACAUGUGGCUUAAGGUGUUUUCCAGACAGCUGACUGAUGAACUGAGAUUUGCAGAAAAUGACAUCAAAGGUAUGAACCAUCAAGAUAUUACUAACUUUGAUUUUCUUCAGGAAGCGAUGGAAAAGUCUCUUGGCACAGUCAUUGAGCAGGUAGAAGAGAAUUUUGCUUCAAAGUCCUCCAUCAGUUUGAAUGAAUUUAGAGAAGGGCCCGAUGAGAUUCUGACCAAGCAGUUGUGUGAAUGUUGCUGGGUGCAGUGUCCCUUCUGCAAAGCCAUCUGCACCAACACAAUGAAAGAUCACGAUGGGGAUCAUCAAGUCCCUUUUCACCGAACCAAUGGAAUCAAUGGAUGGACACACAGAGGGACUGAUAAUCUCUGUAUUGGAUUUUGUACAACUUCAGUUGCAAGUGAUAAGGAAUUCUACCCCUCACACACCUGUAGUAAGAAGGAUUCAUGUCCAUAUAAACGAUACAGAGAAGCUGGUCCUAGUUACGAAUGCUGGAGUAUUACUCCCGAUAAUUCCCAGCUUCCGUACUGGAAGUGGUUUGUAUGCCGAUUUCAAAGUGACCUGGAGAAGUAUUACAACAGGAAAUUCCAUGGACGUGGUGAGAUUCCCCAAGCUUGGAGAGCAUUUACAAAAGAACAAGCACUCAGGAGCUUAAAGCUCAUCUGAAACAAGAUUCUGUUGUUGCCUUGAGGAGGAAUUAUUGUGGAUUUUCCUUAAUACUAAUGGUGACAACAACACAAGUAAAAAUGCUAGGUUGUCAAUGCAGUAAGAUGUUCAUCAACAAUCUACGAUCAAUAAAAUGUAGUAUAAACACAGUGGAAAUCAAAAUUCAAUCAAAUUCAGUAGAAAUGCAAAGGAAAUCAAAGUUCAAUCAAAACCAAAAGUCCUCUGCACUCUGCUUCCCCUUUGUUUGUUGUAUCUCAUACACUGUAACAGAAGAUUGAAGGGGUGGAGACUCAGACCGAAGAUGUGGUUACUUUCAUAUGAUCUUUUAUCACCAUUCAUUUGUUUCUGCAAAUAAAUAAAUAAAUAACAUCAUAUCUAAGUUUUCAUUUUUAGGAUAUCAAAUGUUUCACAUUUGGUUUUUCAUUCAGAUCAUUGAUCUGAAUUUUUUUAUUUUAGAUCCGGGUAACUGUCUUUUCAUUUUUAUUGCAAUUUAAGUUUUUAAAAUCCAUUUCUUGUAUGAUAUAACUUUAUGCAUUUUAACUUGAUAAAUGUUAAAAGUGGUAUGAAAGUACAACAUGUGCUUUUCCCAAAUUUGUUUCAUCCCCAUAGACUUUGCUCUGGGUUAAGUAUACAAGUACCAAACUGUUCCCUCAUAUUUUUCUUUCAUAAUCAGAAAUAUAAUAUCAAACAAAAAAAAUAAUGUCUUUAUUAGUAUUUUUAUCGAUAAUUAGUAUUCCAGUUAGUUUUAAUUUCAUUUUCCAGAAAAAUCGACAUUUUACAAGUUAUUUAGCUUAUUAAAUGUAAUCAAUAGUUUUUGACAAU